GGGUGUCCCGCCCGGCUGCGGGCCGUGGCCGCCCUGCCUGCGCCCCGCCCCUGCCUGCCAGCCUGACGGCCGAGCGGCCUGCCUGAAUACCGAGCCGCGCCUCCUCGCCCCGGACCGCUCUCGCCCCUCAGUCCCUGGAGCUCCAGCGGGACCUAGGGCUCGGCCGGGGUAGCCAGGACGCGAAGGCGCGCUCGUUCACGUGGCCGGCUUCUGGACGUCAGGUUGGAAUGUGCGCUGGGCCGGGGACUCGUUGCCGGAGAAGGACUCCCGGCCCCGGGGCGCUCCUGCGUCUGGCACCUGGGGAGGCCCUUCUCGCCGCGGGACCAGGGGCUGCCCGCCGUCCGAGGAGGGAGCCGCGGUCCCUUCCCGGAGCGCCUUUGUUCGCCCUAGCCUGCCGGCGAAGGUGGCGGGGGCUGUAACCCCAGACGGAGCCGCCUCCCAGGUCACCUUUAAUGUUCCCGAAGAGCUGUGUGUGGAGCAGCUACAGAGAGGCCACACUCCACAUUCAAUGAAGCAUGCUGGAGCGGGACCAUGUUGAUGAGCUAAUGUCCUCUUUCCAAAGCAAGCUCCAUUCUUUUGCAAGCUCUGAGAGAGUGGUGUUAGCAGCAAAUACUCUGUGAAACAAGAACAACUCAGUCCAUUUUAACCACCAAAGCUAUUAAGAUGGACAUUUCUUCUAUGGAAGACAAAUUUCUUUGGUCUCAAAGAAGCAGGUGCCCAUUUAAAACUGAUCCUAAAUAAAAUAAAAAAGUUAACAAAAAACAGACCUGAAUGGACAUGAGAAUGUUUAUUAGUGGCAGAAGAGUCAAAAAAUGGCAGUUUGUUCAGUUAAUUGCAACUUGUUUCAUACUGAGCCUCAUGCUUUAUUGGGAACCGAUCAAUAACCACAUUGUGAGCCACAUGAAGUCCUACUCCUAUAGAUACCUCAUCAACAGCUACGACUUUGUGAAUGAUAGCCUGUCUCUCAAGCACAGCUCUGAGGGGCCCCGGUACCCCUACUUGAUUAACCACGAGGAGAAGUGUCAAGCCCAAGAUGUCCUCCUCCUGCUGUUCGUAAAGACAGCCCCCGAGAACUACGAUCGGCGCUCCGCCAUUAGGAGGACGUGGGGCAAUGAGAGAUAUGUCUGGUCUCAGCUUCAUGCCAACAUCAAAACUCUGUUUGUGUUAGGAGUCCCCAACCCCCUGAAGGGAGAAGAACUGCAGAGAAAACUGGUUUGGGAAGAUGAGAUGUACAGGGACAUAAUUCAGCAAGACUUUGUGGACUCUUUUUACAACUUGACUCUUAAAUUACUCAUGCAGUUCAGUUGGGCAAAUGCCUUUUGUCCACAUGCCAGGUUCCUGAUGACUGCUGAUGAUGACAUAUUUAUUCACAUGCCGAAUCUUAUUGAAUACCUGCGGAGCUUAGAACAAAUGGGUGUACAAGAUUUCUGGGCGGGUCGUGUUCACUGGGGUGCCCCUCCUGUCAGAGACAGGAGCAGCAAGUACUAUGUCUCCUACGAAAUGUACCAGUGGCCGGCGUACCCCGACUACACUGCUGGAGCUGCGUACAUCAUCUCUGGAGAUGUGGCCGCCAAAGUCUACGAGGCAUCCCAGACACUGAAUUCCAGCCUUUACAUAGAUGAUGUGUUCAUGGGCCUCUGCGCCAAUAAGAUGGGAAUAACACCACAGAACCAUGUGUUUUUCUCUGGCGAAGGCAAGGCUCCUUACCAUCCCUGCAUCUACGACAAAAUGAUAACAUCUCAUGGACACGUGGAAGAUCUACAAGACCUCUGGAAGGAUGCCACUGAUCCAAAAGUCAAAUCCAUCUCAAAAGGUUUUCUGGGUCAGUUAUACUGCAGGUUAAUUAAGAUAGUUCUCCUCUGCAAACUGACCUAUGUGGACACCUAUCCCUGUAGGGCUGCAUUUGUCUAAUGGUACUUGAAUGUCAUAUGUUUUCACUGUCACUGAGCCAAACCUGCAUGGAAACCUUUCCUUGUUUCUCUAUUCCAAAGCAGAUGAAAGACAAAGAAAUAUUUUGAUAGCCCAGCCUAUCAGAAUGUUUCUUGGCUUCUAGAAUUGUUUGGAAAAACUUAACUACUUCAUUGCCUAAAUUCAUUUCAAGGAAUUCAUAUGCAGAGAUAGGUUUAUAUUAUUCAUGGGAACAAAACUAGAGGGAGGCUCAAGUCAUGCCACAAAUGUAUCUGGGGAAUAGAGAUGUGCCGAAGAAGCCUUGAAUAGCUCUUUUCAGAAAACACCAAGUGAAUGUGUAGCACAGCAUUUCAAAGAAAUGAACGUUUUGUGUGAUCAGCUAAACAAGUUUACUUUUGUUAAAGAGCACUUGGCAGAGGUGAUGGGGACAGAGAAAGGGGCAUAGGACAAAGGUGUAUGGAUUUUAAUUUUUUAAAGUCUCAUGCUUAAUAGGAGAUGGAAGAAAAUGUACACAGUUUCAUUAAAAGCAGCCAAAUCAUUUACACCUCCUUUUCAAAGUUUAAUGUGAAAUUUGAGAAACAGCAUUGAUUCAACCCUCCCUGGUACUAUAUAUAGGGGGCUUUUUGUUGUUAUGUUAGAAAACUACAUAAAACUACAUAGAUAGGGCCGUUCUCUAGAGAGAAAUCAUUGCUGAUUGAAAUAAGGUGAUUUUAACUUAAUGAACUUUUUUGACUAGUGUUUAAACAUCCAUUAAUUGGCCCAAAUCUAUACGGUAGUUACUUGAGUGUGAUUUGCACAGAAUGAGGAAACUUCCAAAGAAACCACAGAAUAUAAGAGCCUUCUUCAUAACUGAUAUAAUGAAAUCUUAAGUGUAUAAAUCAUUGUGCCAAUUACUAACAUUAGCCCUCUCCUCCCUUAACAAAGACUCAUGAACCACAAGACUCGUUUCCAGGUUCACGGUUUUCAACUGACAGGACAAAACACCAAACUGAAGCUGUAGUACCUGAAACAGCCAUUCUCAGAUAACCAUCAGGGAUGCUCUUGAGCUUUGAAAUGUUUCGAACUUAUGAGCAAACUAAGAGAAAAACGAUGAAGAGGUUGCCUGAAUGAGGAUGAAAGCAAAGUGCAUCCUCCUCAUCACCAGAGAGGGAGUUGAAUUCUGAUAGAGUGAUUCAUGUUGAUCUUAUCAAGCAGGAGAAUAACCCAGCCAUGAUGCGCACAGCCACCUUUCACCACACAAAAAGUCAUGUGAUGUCCAUU